UUUAAUUGAUUUUUUUCCUCUCCUGCGUUGCUUCCCCUUAGACGCCAACGACACGCAACCAAGAGCGGCGUGCAACGAAUCCAGCGACUUCCUCCUAUCCUUCCGGCAAUGCCCGAUAGAAACCAUCCGCUGGCCUUCACCCACGAGAUAUUUUCCUUCUUUCAGCAAGGGUUUGGAGCUCAAUUGGACUUUUGAAGUUUCUAGAACUUUAGAGGAACAGAUAAUAUUCGGACGAGGCAGAUUUGUUUGUAUUUUGUAAUGGAGAAAGGAACUUCUUUCUUGUUCGCCGGCAUUCAUUUCAACAAGAAGAGGUUUGCGGCAGAUUUUGCUAGAUUUGAGGGGAAAACAGAAAGUGACAAUGUAGUGGAGGGUCCGAGUUCCAUUGGCAACGGUGUUUUGGAAGUCCAUGAGGGUUCAACACCUUCGGAUAAGAGAAAGAGGAAGAGGAAAUCAGAAACCGCAAAAUCGGUGGAGGGAUUCAGCGUCUUCAAGGAUUCAAAAUCAACAGCAGAUGCUUCGGUGAAUGAAGAGAAUCAUCUGUCUGAAAACGAUCCAUCCAAUGAGAAGAAGGAAUUUUAUCGGAAACUCGAGAGAGAUGCUCUUUUCCGGAAGAAGUAUAAUAUUCAUGUCUCUGGGAACAAUAUCACAUCGCCACUUCAGAAUUUUGGAGAGUUGAGCACUAGAUAUGACUGUGACUCAUACUUACUACAUAAUCUCAUAGAACUCGGGUUUAAAGAGCCAACACCAAUUCAAAGGCAGGCUAUUCCAGUCCUCUUAUCUGGCCGUGAAUGCUUUGCUUGUGCCCCAACUGGUUCUGGAAAAACCUUGGCUUUUGUGUGCCCUAUGCUUAUGAGACUCAAGGAUCCAUCAAAGGAAGGAAUCCGUGCUGUUAUACUUUGUCCAACACGAGAGUUAGCAUCUCAGACAACAAGGGAAUGCAAAAAAUUAGCUAAAGGGAAAAAAUUCCAUAUCAAGUUGGUGACAAAAGAAGUUUUAAGACAUGCUGAUUUCUCAAAGUUCUCAUGUGAUGUACUCAUAUCCACGCCACUUAGGUUAAGGCUUGCUAUUCGGAAAAAGAAGAUCGAUCUCAGUCGGGUGGAAUAUCUUGUUUUGGAUGAAUCUGAUAAGUUAUUUGAGCUUGGCUUGAUAAAACAGAUUGAUACCGUUGUUAAAGCAUGCUCGAAUCCUUCAAUAGUUCGCUCAUUGUUUAGUGCUACUUUACCUGAUUUUGUUGAGGAUCUUGCUCGCUCUGUAAUGCAUGAUGCUGUUCGGGUUAUUGUUGGCAGGAAGAACACUGCUUCUGAAACUGUUAAGCAAAAAUUGGUUUUUGCCGGAAGUGAAGAAGGAAAGCUUCUUGCACUUCGUCAAAGCUUUUCAGAGAGUUUGAAUCCACCAGUAUUGAUCUUUGUUCAAAGCAAGGAGCGGGCCAAAGAACUUUAUGCUGAGCUAGCAUUUGAGAACAUCAGGGUCAGUGUUAUCCAUUCUGACUUGUCACAGUUGGAGCGAGAAAAUGUUGUUGACGAUUUCAGAGCUGGAAAAACUUGGGUUUUAAUCGCCACUGAUGUAAUUUCUCGAGGAAUGGAUUUCAAGGGGGUCAACUGUGUAAUCAAUUAUGAUUUUCCAGAUUCUGCGGCGGCAUACAUUCAUCGAAUUGGUCGUUCCGGCAGAGCAGGAAGGAGUGGAGAAGCCAUUACAUUUUAUACAGACGAGGACAUCCCAUUUCUGCGAAAUAUAGCCAAUGUUAUGUCAGCCUCAGGUUGUGAAGUCCCAUCUUGGAUCACCGAGCUUCGGAAAAUGAAGUGGAAAAAACACAGGCCGAAGAGAGAUUCAAUCUCAACCAAACCAAAUGAAGAUGGUGACACUGAGCCACCAAAAAAGAAGACGAAAAAACACAGGCCUAAAAGGAAUUCAAUCGCAACCAAACCAAAUCAGGAUGGUGACACCGAGCUAAAGAAAAAAAUUUCAAGAAAACUCAAGCGUAAGAGAGAUUCAGACUCAAUAAAAUCAAAGGAUGGCGAUGACGCUGGGCUGCAGAAAAAGAAGUCGAAAAAACACAGGCAUAAAAGAGACUCAUUGUCAACCAAACCAAAGAAUGAUGACGAAGCCUAAUUUACCUGCUACCUCUUUUCGAUUUUUCUUAUCAAAACUAAGUAUUCCUUUAGGAAGUUUUUGUCCAAUUAUGUGAAAAUCUGUUGAUUUAUACCCAAUUUUGACUCUUAAAACAUGAGGUGCAACGGCGGAACUACACUAUUUCUUUUAAUUACAAGAAUUUGUAGGCCUGCCUUGAAGAAUUGAAGAUUUAUAAAUUAUACUUGAUCGACUUUGGUCCUUGGACGUAAA